AUCACGAACAACGAGCUGAUCCGUCAGCGACUCAUUGUCUACUUAUCACUCGUACUCAUCGGCGGUCUCGUCAACGACUUCACGCCACUGAUCACCAGAUCCUUCAUGUUUAAGGUCCAGAAGACUAAUGUCUUGAACCAGUGGUUCGUUAAGAUCGGCUGGUUUUGGACGCUAGCGCUCACAUCGCCGCUGAUUGCCAUCACCACAGCUGUUCUCGCGGACGAUAGGCGCCAUUGGGAGGACAAGGAUGUGAUUACCGGUGGCUACCCGUCGCUGAGGGACCGGUGGGCGCGUCGGGCGCGACGUCUGAUGCCAUACCUCAGGACACGACAGAUGUUUAGACUGGUGUUCAACACCGCCAUCUGGUACGUGUCCACCAACUUCUUCCUGUACUUCGAGGACAUCACCGGUUCCUGUCUGUACCCAAACGACAUCAUGUAUGACGACAACGAGAACGCCAGCAAAACGGUGUGCCUGAAGAGUGGCAACAAAUGGAUCCCCGGGUUCGACAUCAGUGGCCACACGUUUCUGUUGAUCUUCUCGAACCUGAUUCUCAUCGAAGAGUCGGCGGUUAUGAUCGGUUGGGAACCGUUUGGACACCAAUUGUUCGCCGAAAACGCUAACCACGAGAGGGAACAGAAGCUGAUCCCAAGAGGCGAACAGUUCCGGCUCUACAACAAACACUCGGCGUCCGUACGGCUGUUGUUCAUCGCGAUGACGAUAUUGUCGCUGAUCUGGGACUUCAUGUUACUCCAGACGUCACUGUUUUAUCACUCGAUGCUCCAGAAACUGGUGGCCGCCGUGUGGGCGGUCACCGCCUGGGCGCUCACCUACCGGUACGCCUACCGGCGCUUUGAUAUCGACGUAAAGCCGCCUAAACUUAGCCGCAGUUUAUAG